AAAACGAUUCCUCUACAGACUCUCUGAUCUGUGGUGUCCCAAUCCAAAACGUCCUCAAUCCCCAACUCAACCCUCUCUUCAUAUGUCAUCUUUUUCACCUAUGAUAUAUAUAAAUUGAAGCACACAUUACCUAGACAGAGACAAAAUCACAAUUCACCAACCAAAAAACAAACGACAAUAGAAGAAGAAACAUGGAGAUUUUGUCGCAAAUGUGGUCUCUUCUUGGCCUUCUCACAGUCAUCCAAAACAUCUUACCCACACAGCUCCUCUCCCUUCUCCGCUCCAUCUACGAGUCCCUCCAAGACCUCAUCUCUCCUUAUUCGUACUUCGACAUCCCUGAAUUUAAUGGCUGCUGUGGUGUUGACAUCAAUGACCUCUAUCGCCAUGUCAAUCUCUAUCUCAACUCAGUUAACUCUUCCACCUCCGCUCCCGUCUGCCGCCGCCUCACCCUCUCCCGCUCCAAGUCCUCCAACUGCAUUUCCUUUGCUGUAGCUCCUAAUCAAACUGUCCACGACACUUUCAACGGCCACUCUCUUUAUUGGACUCACCAUGUCGAAACUGUCCAAGACUCAUUGGAAGAGAAACGCAGCCUCACACUCAAGUUACCAAAGCGUCAUCGCCGCACCCUACUCUCACCGUAUCUCCUGCACGUGACAUCACGUGCCGAGGAGUUCCAGCGGGUGUCAAGGGAGAGAAGACUCUUUACUAACAAUGGGAAUGCCUCUUACGAGUCAAGAUGGGUCUCAGUUCCUUUCCGUCAUCCUUCCACUUUCGAAACACUUGCUCUCGAGCCCCAAUUGAAGAAGCAGAUAAUAGAGGACUUGAAUUCAUUUGCUAAUGGAAGAGACUUCUAUCACAGAGUUGGACGCGCAUGGAAGAGGGGUUACUUGCUCUGUGGUCCACCAGGCUCUGGCAAGUCCAGUCUGAUCGCUGCAAUGGCUAACUAUUUGUGCUAUGACGUUUAUGAUCUUGAGCUCACCAAAGUCACAGACAACUCGGAACUCAGAGCUCUUCUAAUACAAACCACCAGCAGGUCUAUCAUCGUGAUCGAAGACAUAGAUUGUUCUGUCGAUUUAAAUGCUGAUAGAAUGCUAAAAAGUACAAGAAAAAGAUCCCAGCCAUCAUCCGGAAAGGACUCGGGAAAGGAAGAGGAGAGCGGCCGCGUCACCUUAUCAGGGCUCCUCAACUUCACUGAUGGGUUAUGGUCGUGCUGCGGAGAAGAGAGGAUCAUAGUGUUCACAACCAAUCAUAGAGAGAAUGUGGAUCCUGCGUUGAUUAGAUGUGGCCGCAUGGAUGUGCAUGUUAGUUUAGGCAAUUGUGGGAUGCAUGCCUUCAAGGUCUUGGCGAUGAACUAUUUGGGGAUAGACUCACAUUCCCUAUUUGACGUGGUGGAGAGCUGCAUAAGGUCCGGCGGUGUCCUCACGACGGCACAGAUAGCGGAGAUAUUGCUGCGGAACAGAGGGAAUGCAAAUUUAGCAAUGAAGGAGGUGGUGGGCACAAUGCAGGCAAGAAUUUUGAGCAGCGGGAGUCACAAGGAGCAUUUGAUGGACUAUGAAGAGAAGUUGACAAGGACACCGCAGAGCAUGUUGGCGGUUGGGUCACCGGAGAAUCGGUACUCGUUGCCGGGGAGGAUUGGAGAGAAGAAGAGAAAGGAAGGCGGCAAUAAAUGGGAGAAGAAGGCAAAGUUUCUUGUUAGGCUCAGAUAUUUGACCAAGUCUGACUCUGGUGGAAGGGGGCGUGUGACUGAGGACAUUAGAUCCAGAAAAUGACAUAUGAAUGUUGGUCUCUUUGCUCACUGGACCUCCACCUAGGCCUAGCAUAGAGAA